CCUAUCUGCUGGGGCUGGAGCGGGGGCAGCGCGCGGGGCGCCGCGGACUGAGAGCCAGGACCACUUCACUUGGCUGGUACUACUCAUUCCCUGACUGCAUCAUCAUAUGCCCCCUUCCUGUUGGGGCAGGGACAGCAAGAAACCAUGGGAGCAAAUCCCUAAAAAGCCAAAACGAAAGAAAAGAAGGAGGCGGAACGUCAACUGCCUGAAGAACAUGGUGAUCUGGUACGAGGACCACAAGAACCGCUGCCCCUACGAGCCACACCUGUCGGAGCUGGACCCGACCUUCGGGCUGUACACCACGGCCGUAUGGCAGUGCGAGGCUGGGCACCGCUACUUCCAGGACCUGCACUCCCCGCUGAAGCCGCUCAGCGACUCUGAGAACGAGAGUGACGAUGCUGCUGGUUUCCAGCAAGCACCUGCUCUGUUAGAAAACCCGGCCCUGACCGGAGAUGGAUCGGUGCUGCCAGCCUGGUGA